AUGUCUACUCAGUUACUUCGACCCGGUGCAACUCAAGAGAAAUCUGAUGAAGCUCGUACUUCCUUUUUAGUUGGCGCGAUUACCGUAUCAAAUAUGAUUAAGUCCACUUUAGGUCCUAGUGGUAUGUUAAAAUUGCUUUAUAAUGCGAAUGGUGAGCCAAUCAUUACUAAUGAUGGGGCAACAGUUCUUAAGAACAUAGUUCCUAAUGGUCCUUCAGCUAAGAUCUUGAUUAAUUCAGCCCAAGAACAUGGAGCUAAUCAAGGUGAUGGCACAACUACUUUAACUAUUUUAACUGGCGAAUUACUUCAAGAAGCCGAUCGACUUAUCUUUAAAGGUGCCCAUCCUUACAAAAUCAUUAUAGCUUAUCGCCAAGCCUUUAAACAAGCCAUUACUAAACUUAGAUCUUUAGCUACUACUAGUCAAAGUCAAGAAGAGAAACUUAGUUUAGCCAAAACAACUCUUUCUUCUAAAUUCUCACCAAUUGAGCUAGAGAGUCUUUCACAACUGGCUGUAGACUUAUCAACUCGAGUAACUGAUAUUGAAAUGGUUAAUAUUAUCAAGAUUGUAGGUGGUGAAAUUUCUGAGUCGCAUAUUGAUAGUGGGCUUAUGCUAGAGUGUGAUGUAGGUCCAGGUCAAAAGACUCGUGUGGAGAACCCUAAAGUCUUAGUGGUUAAUACGGCUUUAGAUACGGAUAAAAUCAAAAUUUUUGGGGCUAAAGCAUCAGUUACUUCACCUAAAGAUCUAGAACGGUUAGAAGAAGCAGAAAGACAACGUAUGUCUGAAAAAGUAGCUGCAAUUUCUAAACAUGCCGAUGUGAUUGUUAAUCGCCAAAUUAUUUAUGACUAUCCUACUCAGGAGUUUACUAAACGAGGUAAAGUUUCAGUAGAACGGGCUGAUUUUACUGGGGUAGAAAUGCUAUCUAAAGUUCUAGAUGGAAGUAUUUUAAGUACGUUUGAUGAAGUUUCUGCGGCUGAUAUAGGUUCUUGUGCUUUGUUUGAACGUUUGCGCCUGGGUGGUCGGGUCUUUUGCCGGUUCUCAGGUCUACCAAAGACGGGUGCUUGUACGGUGGUGAUUAGGGGGCCGACUAAGGAAUUACUUGAUGAGGCGGAAAGGUCUUUGAUAGGAGCGGCUAAGGUUUUGAUGGGAAGUACAGGAGAGUAUAUUUGUGGUGGAGGUAGUGCUGAGGCGGCGGCUUCUUGUGCUAUUGCUGGUGAUUCUGAAGGCGAACGGGCUUUUGCUCGGGCCUUGAUGGAAACUACGCGUACUCUGGCUGAAAAUGCCGGUCAUUCAUCUGAUGAUACGAUUGAUACAAUUAUCAAGAAGAAUAAGGAAGGUGUAUUCACUUGGGGUGUAGGAGCAGAAACGGCUGAGUGUAUGGAAAAGCUUGGGGUUAAAGAGUCUCUUUCUUUGAAGGAAGCUAUUUGGACCCGAGCGGCCGAAGCCACGGAAAUGCUUCUGCGUUGUGAUGGUAUCAUUAAGUGCAAGCCUCGUGAACGCGUUCAGGAGUAA